AAACCUCACACAGCAAGAGCCUCUCUCGCACCCCCCGCACGCGCGCUCCAAUGGCUGCCUCCCUACCGACCGCCGCCGCCGCCGCCGCCGCGCGCUUCGCCGCGGCCCAGGCCUUCGCCUUCCCUCUCCCGAAGGCAUCCUCCUCCUCGCCCGGUGCAAUCCCCCGCGCCGCCGCGGUGACCUUCCCGUCGCUGGCCCUCGCUGCGGCCCCCCUCGGCCGGCGCCCCCGCAGCGCGCAGCCGAAGCCUCCGGCGGCGGGGGCUGGGGGCGAGCAGAGGGAGACGAUACUGCUCCCCGGGUGCGACUACAACCACUGGCUGAUCGUGAUGGAGUUCCCCAAGGACCCCGCCCCCACCCGCGAACAGAUGAUCGACACCUACCUCAACACCCUCGCCACCGUCCUCGGCAGCAUGGAGGAAGCCAAGAAAAACAUGUAUGCCUUCAGCACGACCACCUACACAGGGUUCCAGUGCACCGUUGAUGAAGAAACGUCAGAGAAGUUCAAGGGUUUGCCAGGUGUUCUCUGGGUGCUCCCCGAUUCCUACAUCGAUGUCAAAAACAAGGACUAUGGUGGUGACAAAUACAUAAACGGUGAGAUAAUUCCGUGCACAUAUCCAACUUACCAACCAAAGGAGCGGAGAACAUCAAAAUAUGAGAGUAGACGGUACGAGAGGCGAAGAGAUGGACCUCCAGCCAGCAGGAGACCAAGGCAAGAGGCUCCCCAAACCGAGUCAGCAUCUUCAUGAGGCAUUUAUCCAGUAUCCACAGACUACUGAAACAAAAGAGCACGCUUAAUUCAUCACUUUGGCGCCAUGUACGGUGAACAGGCAAAUCCAUCCUCAGACCAAAAUAUCGUGCAGUGCUGUGUAAGUGACCUGCGCAGCUGGAUUUGGAUCAUGUGGAUCAGUAUUGAUGUUUUGAGCAGACUGUGACAUCUCAGUGUGACAGAGAAUGAAAACCCUAUUUAUUGAAAAUGUUAUCCUCCCAACACCUAGUGAAUUAUCCUUGCGGUAUUUUCUGUGAUGUCUACUUGUCAAGUUGUAUGGCUGACUGUGUGAAAUGUGUAACUUUUCCCUUUGGGCUUGUUUGAACUGAAGUUGGCCUCUUUUAGCCAUGGAACCAUACUUUGUUCUGCCCAAAUUUGCAAAUUGGGUCAUUGAAGGAAGUAAGAUUUAAAAGUCCUUAUGUGAA